AUGGCAUCUAGAGUAAAUACCAGUUUCACUUUGAUUCCCAACCAGAAAUAUAGACGUAGUAAUCGUCGAUCCAGCAGCUAUUUUUCCAACACCCUUGGCUCAGAUUCUCAGCCCUUAUCAACGCUUGGAAAUUUUAAAGCCUUGCCAUUGGAAAUAUUCCAAAUAAUCUUAAGAUAUUUGUCAGUGAAGGAUAUCAGCAUGCUAAGCAUGGUGUCCAAAACAGUCAGCCAGCACAUUAUUAAUUAUAUUUCAACCUCGUCAGGAAGCAAAAGACUUUUACUACAGGAUUUUCAUAACCUUGAGCUGCCUUGCAAGAGACAAGACUCUGCCAUACUGGAACAUUACAGAUCUCUAGGUCUGCUAUUUAAAAGAUGUACGUUGCUGCUACCCACAAGGGAAAGACUAAAGUACAUUCACAAGAUACUGGCAGAAGUUUCCUGUUUUAAAUUCAAUGGCUGUGCAGCUCCUAUCCAAUGUUUAGGAUUACCAUGUUAUGGCAUGUUUUUACAGACCUUAACAGCAGGUUGGGAUGAACUCGAGUGCCAUCGUGUAUAUAUCUUCUUAUGUGAGCUGACUAAUCUCUCCCGCAAGAUGCAGACUGUUGUCUGCAGCAAACCAGGAAGUGCCCGAAAACUGGAGUUAAGGAUCAGACUGUUCUGUAGGAACGUCCUGCUUGAUCACUGGACACAUCGAAGUGAUUCUGCUUUUUGGUUGACACGUAUAUUAAAACCAUGGCCAAUGGUGAAUCAGGCAAGAUUAUUGUAUAUCAUCUUUGGACCAAUAUCUCCUCAAGAUGGACAGGUGGUUUGGCAGAAAAUGAUAGAAGGACCUACAGAUGAAUCCAGUCUGAAAGGUUUGGCUGAUGCUAUUAAAUUACUGUAUGACACAAGCACCAAAGAGUGGACGGCAGAUGAUGUUAUCAGUCUUGUAGAUGAACUAUCAGUGGUUCCCCGUGAGUGGCUUCUAGAGAAUAAUGCACGUCUCCUAAUCCUAAGUGGGAACAACAUCUGUUUCACUUUCAUGGCUAGUAAAGCUGUGAAUGGACGGGCCAUUGAACUGGCAAAGCUGAUAGUCUUUUUGGCUUUGGUGUGUGAGAAAGAACUAUACUGCAUGGAUUGGGCAGUUAAAAUGAUGCAAAAAGUCUGUAAAGUCUUUAGCACUCCCAUGGAGAGAAAUAACUUCCUGCAGAGUGUGGCGAAUGCAUUUGCAUGUGUUAUAAUGGAAAUGCUGCAGGCAGUUAUGUCCGGAGACCGUGAUGAAGACGACAGAAGCUUUCUGAAUUUGUUCCAUCUUGUACACGCUCAGGCAAACUUCCAUAAGGAGGUCUUGUAUUUGACCAUGAAUACUCUCUCUACCUAA